AGCACCACAGCCGUUCGUGUGAAUUCGGCAAUUUCCGUCGAACCAGCCGGCAGUGUCACUCAACAACACCCACGAAGGCACAAUUCACUCUUAGCAUGGGGUCCACUUCAUUGGCGAACAGGGGACAAAUAUGGAAAUCGACUCCUUCCUUUAGAUCUGUUUGACCACCAACCUCCAGAUCUGUUUGACCACCUCCCAUACCCCCUCCCCACGUCUUUCAAACACUAUUUGGAAAUUUUGCAUACAAGUUUUGGGGUAACGUUUCCAUUAAUGGUCAGUCAUGGAUGAUAGUGACAGCCCAGACGAGCUGAUAAACCGCAGGCCCCACAGUAGAAGAACUGUUGCAUCGUGGGACAUUUCAGAUGACUCGGAUGACUCUGACAGUGGUGAGGAAGAGGAGGAAGAUGAUGAUGAUGCUCUGGAAGGCGGAGAAGGAAAUCAAGAGGAAGAUGUUGAGGAUGAGGAAGAAGAUGCUGAAGUUGAUGAUGGAGUUUUAGGCGAGACAUCUGCAGCCAUUGCAGCCAUGAGCUCAGACGAGGACGCAGAUAAAUGUCCCAUCUGCUUGAACUCCUUCAGCAGUCAGCCUGUGGCAACACCAGAGAACUGUCAGCACUAUUUCUGUCUCGACUGCAUCCUUGCGUGGGCCAAGAAUGCAAACUCUUGCCCAGUGGACCGUAUUGCAUUCAGUUGCAUAUACCUAAGGAAAUGUUAUGGUGGCAAAGUGCAGAAAAUGAUUACCGUACAAAAACCUGUGAUGGGAAAUGAGGAUGUAAUUGUAGAUUUGGACUUGGAUCAGACCAAUUGCGAGGUGUGUCAGGGCAGUGAUCGAGAGGACCGUCUUCUGCUCUGUGAUGGCUGCGACGCUGGAUACCACAUGGAAUGUCUCACACCACCUCUGGACACUGUCCCUGUUGAGGAAUGGUUCUGUCCUGAAUGUGUUGCCAAUAGCAAUAACUCGGAACAAGAGAAUGGAACCCUUAGCCUCUCUUCGACUGCCCAUCCAACCACUAGUCGCACCCAGUCCCGAGCUGCUGGUCCUACAAGAGCUAUCGCCCGCACUCAGCACAGUGAGCGGGUUCGGGCCAAUGUGAAUCGACAUCGUAUCACACAGGCACGCACACCACAGCUUGCUCCCACAUACCUGAUGGAGUCCACUUGGCUGGAUGAUACUAUCAAUGCAGUGGUGGCUGGGCUGAACACAGCUGUAUAUGUAAGGGACCUCACACCUCGUGCUCCAUCCAGACGCAGGCGCAGGACUGGAACACGCAGAAAGAAGGCACACUCUGGUAAGGGUAAAAAAGUUAGUUCGAAAGUCAAGAGGAGACGUAAAGUGAGGAGGACUAAAUCCAGAAAAACUCUGGUGGAGAAAAGGGUAGCUACUCCUCAAAGCCGCAUUGCCAAUAGUCUUGGGCUGUCAAAGGACAAGAACUGUUCACUUCCUACAGUGUGUCGACCUUCAGAGCACACACUAAGCAGCAUGCGAGCGGACAUAGGAGCUGCAUCCCUUUCCAUCCAUGGUGAUCCUUUUGACCUGGACCCGUUCAUAGAUUGCAGUGACAAGGAUGAGCACGAAGAAAGAGUUACAUCGCUGUUGCAGGCCAAGAGACGAGGGAUCUCUCAUUCUGCUUUUCGCUCUCACCAGCCUGUUGCUCGACCUGUUGUUGCAAGCCUUUCAAGACUUGGUGUGGAUAUUCCCCAAACUGGAGGUGUUGUGGAGGCAGCGCCAGUACCUGACCUGUUAGGUAGCAUCCUGUCAGGGCAAAGCCUGCUCUUGAUGGACAGCUCUGGUGUUGUCAUCAAUCGUGAUGGCUCUCUUAAAGCUACUGAAUCAACAAGUUUGUCUGCAUUAAAGCCAGGUUUAAGAAGAAGCAGUAGCACAGAGGAAUCCAGUGCUCAGAUCCAGGCAGGGAUUGCACCCAGCCUUGGAGAACCUUUGUCCAAUCACCACAACAGUGAUCUGCUAGGAUCCUCCCAUAGCACCUUGAUCAGGCCAAUCUCCCAGAGUUCUUCUCAAAUACCUUCGGCUGUCAACCAUAUCCAACCUGUUCAACAUCACGAUUUGCUUCCGAGAAGUCAUUUGCGUUUGCAGCAACCUCGUCCAACUUUUGGUGUUCAUGGGGCCUCCAGGGAAGCUGCCUACCCAUCCAGGCACCCUGACCAAGACUCUAAGAACAAAACACCUCUACCAAAAUCCCAACCUAUGAAAACACCUAUAAAGCCGAUGUGGGUAGACGUGUCCAUCCUACCAAAGAUACCAAAAAUAAAACGAGAAAGCAGCGAUGUAACAAAGCAUGGUGCAUUUGGCACUAAUAAAAGCAGCAGUAAUUCUCCCACCAGGAAUAAUACUUCAGGCAUACCCGAGACAGCUUUGAUCAGCUUUGCAGGAGACAAGAACAGGAAGGAGCAGGUUGUCCCACAGCACAGCAACACUGACCGCCAGGCUCAAAGGCAAGGAGCUGGGUCUUCACAAGCCUUUUCCAACUCAUUCUCUUUUUCCUCCUCCACUGACUCUCAACUGUCUAAUUCAUCAGUAUCCUCAUCUUCAUCUGCCAUAAGCUUCCGCAUUAACUCCAGUGGGAACUCGUGGCAUUCGAGGCGGCUCAACCUUCCAUCAUCAUCUGCGAGUGGAAGCAGCACUAAGAAUGACACAAGAGAAAAGACUGAGAUGAGAAAAAGAGAUAAGCAAAUGCUGUUGGCGUCAACUACAACUGUCAGUAAAAAAGAAGAGUUGAGUAAUAUAUAUGACCCUUUCAAUCCCACAAUGUCAGACUCUAGCACCUCAGACAAUGAAGGUGAGAGCAUGGGAAGCAGCUCCCAUCCAUUAAAUGCAGUUUCCGGUCCAGUGUUCUUUGGAGAUGUAGCGCAAAGUAACAAGAAGAAGGUUCGUGUAAAAGUGGAAACUCAGGAGAAUGCAGUCUCACAGGAAGAGCCAAGGAUUGCAAAUUUACAGACUUUACCACAGGUGGCUAGUUGCUCUUCAGGAGUUUUUAAAUUGAAAAAGGAAUCCGUGUUGGUCGACACAAAGACUGACAAUCAAACAGCACUGAGUGGCAUGAAGGUAAAAAGAGAGACAGGGCUUGCUGGUUCGGGUGAAAACACGAUCUGUGGUCACAGUGUGAAAAAUUGUUUAAGUUUGGAGACACCAGACACCAUCUUUUUACCGGCUCAUCACAGCCUGGACCAUAUAAAGGCAGAAGAGGAAAGUGGACAGAAAAAGAUAGAUUUUUCAGGCUCUGGCUCACAUUCUUUCAAGAGGAAACUAAAGGAGGAAAUCAAAUCUGAUUCCAGGUCUCCACCAGGAGAUUUGGGCCAUGAAAAGCACAACUCUUCCACAGUUCCAUCUAAGCAGCAGCCUUCUAGUUCAAGCACUUCAGAGUCAGACAGAGGCAAGACUAAAGACCAUCACGUAUCGAGCCAGGGAGACCAGAGGAAGAAAAUGGACAGAGAAAGGGCUUCUAGGCGGUCACGUUCCCAAGAGAAGAGGACACGUUCUUUAUCGGAAAGUUCUCUGUCCAGUUCUUCUGAGAGGACUCAAAAAAAGAGAAAACGGAAGUCCAGCUCCAGCAGCAGAGAGCAUUCAAGGAGGAAGCACCCUAAACGACAAAGCAAGGAAAGAACAGAUGACAGAAGAAGAGCGGACAACAGACGUGUUCGGUCUAGGUCCAGAUCACGGUCCAGAGGUAGAUCAAAGGACCAGAGACGUGGACGCUCGCGCUCUAAAUCCGUGUCCACGUCACGAUCCAGAUCCAGAUCCAAGGAAAGGAGGAAAGAACACACACAGUCGCAACAUCACAAGUUGGAGUCUCGAUUGAAAGACAAACGGAGACCCAGAUCCAGAUCAAGCUCAAGAGAGAGGAGGAAAGCACAGGCUUUGUCCAAGAGUUUGCAGAAAACCUCAGGCCCCUCGAAGGACUUGAAAAAAGAGAGCAUUGUUUCUCAGAGUUCUUUAAAAGAGGAAAACAUGACUGAAGUAAAAAAAGAUGUGUCCGAGUCUCCUAUUGCAACAAAAGUUAAAAAGAAGAGUGACAGGGAAGACAGUUUGGCCACAUCUACAGGAAUUAAGAAAGACGUAAAGAAAGAAGUGCAGCAAUCCGUUGAUAUGUUUGAACAUUCUCCCAUCACCAAACACAUCAAGAAGGAAGAUACGCCUUCUUUAAUCAUAUGUUACGAAGGCAUCAGAAAAGAGCCUGUUGACACAGAGUUAUGUCAAACGUUCAAGACAGAAGGCCUUGUAAAAGAGGCUGUCGACAUAGAGUUAUGUCAAACGAUAAAAACAGAAGAAAUUUGUGAAACUAAUAAAAUAGAAGUGCAACCGAUGUUGUUGGAACUUCCUUUCACCUCACAUCACACAACAGGCAGUCACCAGGACCAGGAUGCACCAAAUAAGGUCCCAGUGGACAACGCAAACACAGUUGGAUUGAAAGUACCCUUCAAGUCUGAAUCAAAUGAGGACGUAACCAUGUAUGUUGAUCUUGACAACCUGGACUGCGUGAAGCCUGAGAACACUGGAGACAUUGGUUCCAAUGUUAAACAAGAAGACAUCAGACAAGAAGGGAAGGCUGAGGCAGAACAGGUGCCGGCUCCAUUAGGAGCCAAAGCAAAGAUUCAAGGGAAGAGGGUCACCUGGAAUAUACAAGAACCUGAUGGAUCACAAACAGACAAGUCUGCGAGCAAGCUGGCUCUGUAUAAAUUAAAGCUGAAGCAGGAAGCAGCUCGGAGACCCCCAUCCACUGUACAGACCACUAGUCAGUCGCAGGACACAAGCGGACCUGGCUCGCUCAGUGAUUCAUCCAAGGGAGAUGGUGCCGCUUUGCUGACUGCGCACUCAAGCUCUCAGGAGUAUUUGAAGAAGCUUCACAUGCAGGAGAGAGCCGUUGAAGAGGUGAAACUAGCGAUCAAACCUUUCUACCAGAGGAGAGACAUCAACAAGGAGGAAUACAAAGAGAUUCUACGCAAAGCUGUGCAGAAGGUGUGCCACAGCAAGAGCGGGGAGAUUAACCCAGUGAAGGUGGGCAAUCUGGUCAAGGCGUAUGUGGAGAAAUACAAACAUGCUAGGAAACAAAAGAAAUCUGAAUCCAAGCCCACGAAAAUGGCUGAUUGCUGACCCAUCAACACUCACUUUUUUACUGGACCGACAUUUGCAGUUUGGUUUCUUUUCUUCAUCACUAGACAAGCAUCUACUUCUGUAUUUUGCUGCGGUGUAAGUCAAGAAGUAGUCGUAUAUUUGUGUUUCACAACUAAGAAACGUCAUGGUGGUUUUUGAGGUUAUGCCUUUAAGUAUCACUGAUAGUCUGCACUGCGAGGAUGCAGUAUGACUUUUUAUCUAUCAGUGGCCAAGAUAUUUUUUUGGGUCACAUGCAGGUUGAAAGUUGCUUAACAGGUCAUGAAAAGUCACUGUUAUGCAACAUUUUGUAGAAAAUCAAUAGACUAAAGAGUUUGACAUAGCUUGUAAAUAAUUUAGGUUUAAUUAUGUGCAUAUUUCUUUCUCCAAAUGCUGCCCGUGACUUGAAUGACUUGAAUUUAGUUAAGAUUGAUUGUUCUGUCAAUAAUUUGUAACCAGCCACAACUAACGCAACACUGGUAAACUGCGGCCGUGAGCUUUCAAAUAAAUUAUUGAGUAAUUUUUCUCAAUCGCAUCUUUCUUUUGAUUUGAACUACUUAGUAUUUUAAGUAAACCACAUGACACUUUUGGGGCCAACUACUGCCAUGUAGACUGUUUGCUUUAAGAUAAUGUGUCGUCUAUGCCAGCUAGGCCUUUACAUUGACAGUAUACUGUAUAUUUAAUUGAACAUAGCUCUGCAGCAUUUUCCUACAGACGUAUGUAUUGAAUACAGGUAUUUAUACAUUUCAUUUACAUGACUUUUGUUUGACUUUUAGUGAUGUUGUUUUAGCGUGGCCCUCUUCAUUUAUGUAGUAAAUGUAUCAGAAAAAAAUUCUGGACACCAAUUCAUUGUCAUGAACAGAUCUUAUUAAUGUAGAGUUAACUUUCUGGUCAAUUUUAUUGCGUACUUAACAGCACAUUUUAGUAUAUGACUAUGUCUAUGGAAGCAGUGUGUAUGUCUUGUACUCAUUUUUUCUGCUUUGGCCAAAGUAAAUCAAAUGUUACAAAGACCAAGGUUAUGAAUAAAUCACCUAUAGUAUAAGAAAUCUCCUCCUAAUAGCGACAUUUUUUCCCCACUUUCAGCUUUUCCCUGUCAGGAGUUGCCACAGAGUUAAUUGCAUGACUGGUUUUGGCUUAGUUUUUACGCCGGACGCCUUAAUGACAAAAGCCUGGCCAGGAAUUGAACCUAGUCCCAGUCAGUCAUUGUGGGCGCUUUGCUCUAAUCAGGAGAGGCAAAUCUGAAGUCUGAUUGUCUAAAAAAACAACAACAAAAAACAAAACAUCCCCAUUGCUAAUAAUGUAUAUGUGACAUGGACCACCAUCACUCCUGAUGGUGAAGGCCCUGGGCAGAUUACAUUGAUAUGGCAACACAUAGAAGCUGCAGUCUGAUUGGACAAAAACAGCUAUUGUACACUACUGGAAGCAGUGCAGCCAAGUAACACGCUACUAAAUGAAGAUAAGAGACUGUUAGGACUAAAUUAAUACAAUUUCAUGGAACAAAUACAAGAAGUUUUAAAUGUAGGUCAGUUCUUCUGGUAGUGGUUAGUUCCGCAGAGAAGGCUUAGCUGGCCCUGACUGCACACGGCUGCUAAUAAUACAGUGGUGUGAAAGUGUUUGCCCCCUUCCUGAUUUUUUUUUUUUUUUUUUUGCAUGUUUGUCACACUUAAAUGUUUCAGAUCAUCAAACAAAUUUUAAUAUUAGUAUGGACGUAUGGACACAAGAUGCAGUUAAAUGAAACUUAUUAUUAUUAAGGGAGAAAAAAAUCCAAACCUACAAUGCCCUGUGUGAAAAAGUGAUUUCCCCCUAAACCUAAUAACUGGUUGGGCCACUCAGGACUUUGAAUAAGCCGCUCAAAAGUCUUCAUUUUGUUUUUCUUCAGCCAUUCAGAGGUGGACUUUCUGGUGUGUUUUGGAUCAUUGUCCUGCUGCAGAACCCAAGUUGGUUUCAGCUUGAGGUCACAGAUGGCCGGAAAUUCUCCUUCAGUAUAUUUUGGUAGACGGCAAAAUUAAUGGUUCCAUUUAUCACAGCAAGUUUUCCAGGUCCUGAAGCAGCAAAACAGCCCCAGACCAUCACACUACCACCACAAUGUUUUACUGUUGGUAUGAUAUUCUUUUUUUCAAGUGCAGCGUUACUUUUGCGCCAGAUGUUAUGGGACACACACCUUCCAAAAAUUCAACUUUUGUCUCGUCAGACCACAGAGUAUUUUCCCAAAGGUUUUGGGAUCAUCAAGAUGUUUUCUGACAAAAUUGACACUAGCCUUAAUGCUCUUUUUGUUUAGCAGUGGUUUUGGUUUUGGAACGCUGUAUUUUUAAAGGGGAGAUAUAAUUGACAUAAAUCUUUUUCAAUUUAGUUUUGACAACAUUUAUCUAUAUAGAGUGAAUAAAGUCAUCCAAAAUACAAGUAGGUUUAUUAAAUUUAAUUUUAUUUGCAAAUGGAAAAAACUUUAGUUGAACUCAGUUGGUGGCGGGCUGAAGUGAGACGCAAUGAAAUCGGCGAGGGAGCAGCUGUUAGAGAAUUGAAGGCUGACAUUGGCACUGUUCAGAGAAGAUGCUCCUCCUCUCUGGGCCAUCUCAUGAUAGUUUUGGAGGAUCAGCGGGACUACCUGUGUUGGUGCAGGGAGAGAUGUUUUAUAGCGACUUGAAAAGACAUGAUGUGUGGUCUCACACCUCACCUGGACAACAAUAAGCUUCUUCUCCAAUGGUUUUCCAUCAGGGAACGCCUCCCCAAAGCACAUGGUAAUGGUAUAGUUUGGAGAACUUCCAUUGUUCUCUCUAUACUGUUUCAAUUCUGAAAGAUAUGUACAUAAAAAUGUAUUUUAUUGUGUAACAAUCUAAAAACGAUUUAAUGUGAAAUCCACACCUACCGUGAAAAAACUUUUGAAAACUGAAGAGCUCCACCAUGGUGUUUUGGGGUAAUUUUCGGGGCUGUGCUAGAGCCAUGCUGGGGUUAUCAGUGCUGGCAAAUACCCGACAACUGUCCUGCCUGGUUGCAUAAAUACCAGACUCCAGCACUUCAAGAAGGAGACCUCUCUGGAUGCUGUUAAGGAUGCUGUUGGUGUACUGAAUCUGGUGGAAGACACCUUGUGGUUAGAAAGACAAAAUAAAUAUCAACUAACUUGGAGCGAAACUAGAUCACCCAAAAGUAUUGGGACAAUCACCGGUUUUAGGAUUUUGCACUUUUACACCACCUCCAAUGGAUUUGUAAAACGUGUGCACAUGUUCAGGUUUCAUUGAAGAGGUUUAUCAAAGCAGGUAUUCAAUGCGGAGACAUUGCCACAGCAAAGCUUUAUGUUCUCUGAUUGCUUUAUGUUGUUGGUCUAUUUUCACGAUAGCCCCCUUCACGUGCAUUUAAAACUGAGAUUGCCUUCAUAUUGUUAGCAAGGAAUGCUGGGACGCUGGAAACACUCUCAGGAACAGGGAAUGACACCGGCUCCCAGCAUGCCGUGCAGACGUACAAGAACUCUGACUGUUUCAAUGCAGUAUUGUCAUUGUGAUCACUAUCAUAGUAAUUUAUUUGGGCAGUAUCGGGAUGAUAUCAGCCUAAUGGACUUGAACAAUUGGUCCCUUUGUGCCAAUACCUGUUUGUGGUCUAGGAGGCCCUCAGUUGUGGGGAAACGGAGUGGAAAGUAGUCCUCAGGUGCCUGGUGCAGGUGGAGGUGGUGGAGUUGGAGACUAGCUGUGUUCACAGUCAUCUUUAGCAUUUGUCUAUUUCUGUAGUGGAUAGACACCUCCAGGUCGAUACUCCGAUACUGAGUCCGAUCUGGAUAUACUGGAGAAAGAACAAAAUGAAACUACAUAAUGACAUAGAUGUACCCUAUAAGGGAUGUAACUGGCGCCAGUGACACAAGCACUCUGAUUUGCGCAUGUUUACACCCUCACAAAAAGGAAGGAAAUGCUCACUUGGUAAAACAUGUGUGGGUUUCUCAGCUAUUGCAGCAACGGAAAUGUUUCCCUGCACAGUUGGAUGUUGUUGGACAUAUUCUGUUGGCACCCAUCAGAGAGACCAAAAUGCCAUUAAGAACAGAUUAAGAGGGAUCAUUCCUAAAUUGUAUUAUACUCUUCCAUAUGCAAUUCUGCACUACCUGUCGGAUGGCUGCAAGGCUCUACAGUCAUGGAAUUAUUGGCAAAUUGUUGCUGUUUGAAGAGAGAAACAUAGAAUCCAAGCAUUAACACAGACAUCUAUUUUAAUAUAACCAAUGUAAAAGUGUUUUUAUUGGAAAAGCACCUCUGGAGGAGCCCUGUAGAGGUCCUCCCUUUGGUCUUGAGUUGGCGUACUUUCUUGGUUAGCGGCAAAUAAUUAAACACACAUGUCAAAUUUGCAUUGAUGACAAAAUAUCCGAAUGAAGUGCCUUACCGUUAGAGUUGAUAAUCUCAUAGAUUUUAUGAGGGUUCUGAGACUUCUGAGAGUUAUCCUCAAUCAUUUUGAAACACUGAAGGUUGUUGAGGUUACAGCGGAAGUUGGUUUUCCAUCUGGCCUUAUUAUUAGGGAACUCAUUGAUUUUACCACUGACCACCGCCCAGUCCUGUCAAUCAUACGGUUCAGACGUUGUCAGGUUGAAAUGCAUUUGCGGAAUGAAAAAAUAUACAGUUGAGCCCCAAAUUAUUCAUCCCCUAACCACAUUUUGAGUUUGUGAAUGGUUAUCAUUUAGCUAAAAACUGUCACAGGAAAGUUGCCAAAAACUGUAAGACUGUAGAAAAAAUAGCUAUUUUUGGUGUACUAUUCCCAAGAUGAUCUGUAGUUUCACGCAAAUCUAACGUUCUAAUUCUACUGUUGAUUGGAUUGUUUUAAAAAUAUGCUACUGAUUCUUUAGAGCGGAAUUAUUUUUCAGUUGAGCCCAAAAUUAUUCAUACCCCAGCUGCAUUUUGAAUUCAAGUGAAUUUUUAUUUGGCGAAUGGGUAUCAUUUAGCUGGAAAUGACUUAAGAAAGCAGUCAACAACAGUAAGACUAAAAAUAUAUAAUGGAUCCUCGCUAUGGGUGGGGUUGCGUUCUUAGACCACCCGCAAAUGGCAAAAAAAUGCAUGCAAAACAAUACAAAGUAGCAACCCUCAAGGCAUGCUGGGUAACGUGACGUUGGAGAAGUGUGCAAGUGGGGUUCCCAGCAUACCUUUUGGGUUAUACAUUAGUAUAAGAUAGUAUAUUCCUGCAUGUACCGUAUAUUAGUGGAUAUACCUGUAUUUGAUACCUGCAUAGUCUGUGUGGUACUGUUGUGUUCCACAUGUGCUACUUGUCAUUUUUGUGUCUUGUGUUUCUUUCCCCACACAUUAAAAAAAAAUAAUGCUUUGAUCAAAUCCUGCAAACCUUUUGGUUGCACCAUGAGUGAGAUAGGCAUUCGGGCUGAUAAAGCUCCUGGUGGCUCGUGAUGUGUGAGUAAGAGUGGAAAUACACUACUGUUUUACACAAAAUGGUAAAACCCGUUGAAAAAUUGCAAGAAUUUACAUUUUGCACUGUUGAUUCUUAAAGAGGUUCUAAGUAGAGCUUCAAAAUGCGAAAAGAAGAAAUGGGAGUGAGACAAAUAAUAGGCAAAUCAUUUUUUAAACUAAGCAAUUUAUUGUAAACAAUCAUUAAAGGCAAAUAGGCUGUUCUUCAGCUGAUCUAAACUUAUAAGACCACACAGCCUUUAAAAGCCAGAAUCUUGGCAAAAAUGUGAAUUCAAUGUAAUUUUCUGUCAGUCAUGAUCUCCUGAUGGCAAAGGCAGAAAUGAUUUCUUUUAUGGAACAAAAAAGUCAAGCGGUAGACCCAAAAAAUGUCACCGGCCGUGAGCCGGAGCAUUGGAUUGUCAAGGCACGAGACGAUCCUCGGCCCAAAUCAAGGUUGUUACUGGUGCCGAGUGCAGUCCAAUAACCAUCAGACAGUAUCUGCGAGAGAAUGGCUUCAAGACGAAAAAAACCCAUCUUCGAAGGUCUCGUCUCCUUCGAUGCCACAAAAUUGCCCAUUUGGAAUUUGUACUGGAGCAACAAACAUUGGACUUUGAAAGGUGGAGGAAAGUUUUAUUCUCUGAUGAGACAAAUGUAGCUUGUUUCCCGAUUACUGGCAUGACGAGGUGAUCCCUCCUGAGAUGUUUUCCACACAGCACAGUGGAGGGGGCGCCAUUAUGAUCUGUGGUGCUUUUUCCUUCAAUGGAACACUGGAGCUUCAGGUUGUGCAGGGGCGUCAAAUGGCAGCAGGUUGUGUGGAGAUGUUGCAACAUAAUGUUUUUCAACACAACGCUACCUGAGAUCUUAAAGAGGAAUAACAUCAGUCUUUUAGGACUAAAUCCAAUUGAGAACAUUUGGGGAAGGAUGGCAAGGAAAGUUGGACAUCAGUCCAUCUUCACCACCUGGAGCAACAUUCCCACUAGCCUCCUGGAAACACUGGCAUCAAGCGUGCCCUAACCAAUUUUUGAGGUAAUUCACAAAAAUGGUGCAGCUACUCAUUACCGAGUCAUUUUUUGAAAAUGUUAUUUGUAUUUUAGGGGAGUUUCAGGUUUUUUUCCGAACUAUGAUCUUAAACUUUUGCAUUUUGAAGCUCUACUAAGAACCUCCUUAAAGAUCCAACAGUGAAAAAUGUAAAUUCUUGCAAUUUUUCAACUGGUCUUAAAUUUUUGAUCAGGAGUGUAUCAAGCUGGUUGACUGCAGGAUGAUGAAUGCCUCAAAAAAGUUGAAGUUUGCCUCUGACUACUUUCUGUGGAACUCAAGCUUGAAUUUGCAGGGUGGCGAAUGGUAAAUCACGAAUAUGGGGGGUGCAUGCCGGUGUAGUAUUACGCUAUUUUAUGCUGUGCCAUGUCUAAAAUGAUUCCAAGUUCCAGGCAUAUCCAAUGUUCUAAAUGUCUGGUUUAUAACAUUGUGCUAGAAUACAGUAUGUUACCAGGAUUCUUUAGAACGGUCUAAAUAUGUUUCCUCAAAACAGUCAGGAACAUGAAUAAUAAUAAUAAUAAUAAUAAUAAUAAUAAUAAUAAUAAUAAAAAAUAAACCCUUAGUUAUUUUGCAACUCUAAACACUUUUCCUUAGACUUUUGCCACACUGUGCCUUUCCACACGAGACAGACAAACACAAGCACAUUCAUUCACUUAGCAAUCCAAAACAUUUGGCACAACGGCCACACUCAUCCAAAUGAGUUACAACACAUCAUAAAAUAUCACGUCAGUAUCUGACAGAUUUCCUAAUCCAACAAUAAGACACAGCAUGCGGCAAACGGCUCUUCCUGGUAACACGUGCGUUGACAAAUUCAAAAGAGGAUGUGAGACCUACGCGAAAUAGUUUAGUGUCGGCAGCACUGCAGUCCUUUCGUGAGUUGUGCUUCCAGGGAACUCGGAACUUGUUUGGAGCGACGUAGCACAAGCCCUCGCACUGGCCCAUCUCUACUUGAUGGAUGAGCCAGUUGGCAAACAGUGGCUUGGAAGGACUACAUGGGAGGGAACACGAUAGCUUAAUCAUAACUCUUCAGAAUUACCAGUCGUGGAAUGAACAAACACAGUCAGUGGACGUGAGCAGACUUACUGAAUGUACAAAACUCACACAGGAAGCCUUAACAGGAACUACCAAGCACACAAUAAGUAGCAACCAAAAGAGAGACCGAGAGAAAUUCUCCUUACCGUUGCAUUUCUUAAAAGAUCGACUCUUUCAGCCGGCGUUUAUCUGGUUCUGUCUGACACCAUGAGGUGAUCUUAUAGACGUGACGCGGCAGUGGGAGGACGUGGGAGGACACCACUUCCUGUGGUAUUCCCUGCACAAGCGGGCGUGUUUCUUUCAUGGCUGGACUCGUUCUUCAAACAGCCAAUGAGGCCCUUCCAGGUGUACGAGCUGCUUAAAUGGGAAGGUGUUUUCCUGUGUUAGCAAUAAUCAACGUGGAAUCUCAGCAUUGGAAGAAAGUGAAACUUCAGACAUCACCCACGUUUUCUUGCAUGGUGUUUCAUCAUCCUCUUCAACCUUUUGUAUGACAAAUCACUUUUAAUCUCUUGGUUAUAAAAGCAACAACUGUGUAUUCAGGGCUAUUGUACCGUUGCUUCAAGCGUCCAAAGUAUAUCACAGGAGGGCGGCUGGCGUGAUACAACCAAGUCAAUGCACUGCUGUUGAAAGUGUAGUGCAUUUCGCAGCACAUUGUGUAAAUAAAAUAAAGAAAAACACUAAUAACUUAAUUUCAAUAUAUACAUUAGAUCUCUCCUCUUCAUGGGGGCUCCGUUCCUACGCCACUCGUGAAGGGCGAAAGUAAGGCAUGCUGGGUAACUUUCUGUUUAGCAAGUGUGCACAUGGGCUUGCCAGCAUGCCUUGCGGGUUAUGAACUAGCGUAAAACCGAGUGGUACAGUCACCGUGUGUGUUCCACAUGUAUGUGCGUCUCGUUUGCCUCGUGAGUGAGGUAGGCGUUCGCUUUGAUGAACUCCUGUUGGUUUGUGUUAUAAACUGUACUCCCGAUCAAAAUGUUGAAACCAUUUGAACAGUUGCAAGAAUGCACAUUUUGCACUGUUGCAGCUGAAGAAAAACAAAAACAUGUUUUUAGUCAACAAUUUAUGCAAGCAACCAUGAACUCAUUCCAUACCAAAGACGUAGGUGUACGUUUUUAUAAUCCUGAACGCCCACUCCCAACAAUGCAUUUAUACGUCAUUUAUGUUAUUUGAGGCAAAAAGAGGUGAUGUUGCAACUCUCCACAAAUGCAUUUCAACUUCAGAGCAAUUUUAAGCCACAAAAACAGCCACAAGGUGGCAGAAGUGCGUUUGAUGAGAGCUCUGCAAGAAUCAUGUAGAUGGAAAAAUCACACAUGACAGGAAGAAGGAAGUAAGAGAGCAUGGACGAGUGUAGCGUGCAAAAGCUUACGCACUGGCGGGAAAUUUGAACGCGCGUAUGCGCCCACCUAGUUCAGUUCCAAAUGUGAAAAUUGUAAAUAGUUUAUGGUGUUAUAUUUGUAAAUUGUUAUUUUGAUGUCGAACAACCCCUUUUGUGUUGUUUAUGUUUGUAUAGUUGUUUCGAUAUUUGAGCUGUCACAAAAGAAAAACAUUUGUGUCAAUGUGAAAGUUAUGCUUGAAAUGCAUCUUCUGGUUUUCUUUUUCUAGUUGGGAACUGAUAUUUUCCUGAAACUUACAUAUGUUUAACUGCUGAUUAGUAAAGAACGGAAAAAGGUAGAAACAAACUUUUUUUUUCUGAUGAAAGACGAGAGGCUGAUCGUUCUUUUGGUAGGUUCCAUGUACAUGUACGUAUAUACACCCAUAGAACACAAUAGCCUGUUUGCCUUGAAAUAUCAGUCGAAAAAAUCGUCUAAAAUGGCCACUGAAUGGCUACUGAAAGGGUUGUCUUUUGAAAAAUGCCUGGGACUGAAUUAAAUUAUUGAGUUAAAAGUGAAAAUAGGCUUUUCAUCAUCCUCAGCUGAUCAAAAGUGUAAGACGACGGCCUUUAAAAGUCAAAACACUGGCAAAAAUGUGGAUUCCGUGUCGUUUUCGGUCAGGUAUUCACACUCUCAUGAUCUCUUGGUGGCGAAGGCAAAAAAGCUUUCUUUCUUUCAACGUGGUCGGACCGUUGAGCCGCAGAAGCAGGGUCUCUCGUGGCUCCCCAUCGCUGCUGACGUCGUAAGACAGUGUUGCAGUAUGCGGCCAUCAGUGGAUACCAGAAAACUAGUCAAAUCAAAUCACGCGACAUGCUGGCCGUGAGAUCUCUUCCACCUGCUCUGACCUUUAAUGCUCACCAAAAUAACAAACCGUGAAACUACUGGGUACAAGGGAAUUUAGAGUUGAAUACGUGUGUGAUGAAUGUUAAUAAAGGGGUUUUUGGUGUCCGCACAGGUGUGUUGUGCGACUGUAUUGUAUGUACGUGUGUAUUAAUAACAGUGACAGCGAGGGAGGCCACCUCCCUGACAUGCUUGAACAAAACCACUGCAUCACAGAAUUAAGCUUCUCUGUCUAUUUAUACCGCCAGCAGUGCGGGCGAGUGCAAAACUGGAAAAUCAAGUUUCCAUGUUCUCUGAGGGCUUGUCCGUUUUCCAUCCUCAGUCACCCGACAAAUAUAUAUUUGUGUGUUUAAAUGUGCAUGCUAAAACCAGAGUCUUUGCUUGACAACCUGUGGUCCCCUCUUCUCACACACACACACACACACACACACACACAGUGGAGAUGUCAGUAAUACAGAAGUGAUGUACUCUCGUGUGGACCACUUCCUUAUUCCUGCCUAUUAGAACCUCUUAGAUGCUCCCUGUUGAGCUUGUCAUUUGUUUUAAGUGUAUUUUACAGUGCAACUAAAGGGACACCUUGUCGGUCCCAUUCAAGUCAGGACUACAUUAGGACAUAAAUUCAACAACAUAGAACCAAAAUACCUGCUCUAUCAGGUGUGUCCAAAGUGCAGCCCGGGGCCAAUUUUGGCUUGUUUGCUUUGUUUUUUAUUGGUAGAUGCAUUCUGAUAAUGAAAUGAAUGAACUCUUAAUAAGAUAUCUUAUUAGAUAUUACAUGAUUAGCUUAGUCCCUGACAACACAAAGCUAAGAUAUCAUGUUGUUCGCAUAGCAUAUUGGAUUUUAGCAUCUUUAAUAUACAAAAUGUAUCAAGGUGGCCCCCACAUCCGUUCAUUUUUCUGCCUGCGACCCUUACUUGGUAGUCCAUAUAAACACGAUAGCAUCCAUGAUGUAAAGUUCUUGUUUCACCACGUUCCAAAGGUGUCACGGUCAUGUUGGGACGUUCAUUCUCUUUUUGUCAGGUUGUGCUUUGCUUGUUUGUGCGUUUCACCUGGACGGUGUUGUCUUUCCCUCUUUUGUCAGCUGUGACGUUCAAGAUGCUGCUUGAGCGUCACAUAGUGUUGUGGUGGGUCGAUUUAAAAUACUGCAUACAUUAAAUUAGACAGCAGAGCGGCAAAUGAAUGUUUGGCGUGUCUGACUCGCAGCCAGAAGGGUCCCGGUUUGAAUCUCACCUCAUAUCUCUGUGUUGAAUUUGCAUGUUCUCCCCGUUCUUGCAUUCUCGGUUUUCUCCCGUUCUUCCGACUUCCUCCCAGAUCCCCAAAAGAUGCAUGUCAACAAAGAAUCACGGUGACAAGAGGAAAAUUAGCUUCUGGAAUGCAGCAGGAGUGUACUGGUUUUGUUCAAGUCUUGUCAGGUCCUUCCUGCUUUUGCUCACCAUGAAUUGCUCAACGGUGACAAAACAGUUACACAUUUUACAGAUGGAAUAUUGCUGGGUGACGAAAGGCAACAAUGUAGAAUGAAAUCAUUACAGUAUAUCUUUCAGGGGCGGACCAUUGCAGUUGCCGAGGACCCUGAGAUUUCCAGGCGGCCUCAAACGUCUCAUAAAAACUCAAUGAUUUUUUUCUUUGAUUUAAAGUACAUACUACUGUUUUAGUCUUAAUUCACAUGCUUAAAAUUACAUCAACGCGCGUAAUCUAUCAUGAUCGUUUCGACCGCUUCCCUCUCCCUUCUCAUACGAUGGACUAUUCCUGCAAGACGGAUUCCGGAAAACAGGAGCAAAACAAGCUUGUUGGCGCGCGGUUUGGAGAAAAUGGAUGCUGCGUUAGUGCUGAGCGGAGAGGAGAAGGCCAGAGGAAAUCAGUUUUGAUCAAAACUACUGAAGGUGUCAACCGUUUUGGCUGUCACAACAAACGUAGACACGAGACCAGUUUUAGGGAUAAAGCUGAGAGUCACACUUUUCAUCACAAAGAUGUGAGUAAUCAUAAUUGCUGGAUUUGAAGGACUUUGUCUCGCUCAGCAAAUAGGAGAAUUUUCUCAUGUUCACACUUGCUAGUAUUAGAAUGGAGUAUUGGGGCCACAUUGGGAAAAAAAAAUCUAAGAUUUCGAGAAAAACGUUGAAUUGACGAGAAAAAAAGUUGUACAUUUACAAGAAAAAGUUGUAAAUUUACAAGAAAAAAAGUCGUAACAUUACCUUUGCCCAAGGCCAACGGUCACAUAAGCCCCCCACCUUUUCAUAGCUGUCUCAGGCAAUGCCUGUUACGACGGCAGUAUUAAAAUUUAGAUUUUGAGAAUAAAGUCGUAAAUUUACGAGAAAAAACUUACCAAAAUAAACUCGUACGUUUACAAAAAACUCUUAAUUUCUCAGGCAUUGCCUGAGACGGCUGUGAAAGGGGGGGACUUACGUGACCGUUGUCCUUGGGCAUGUGGAGGGGACGCGGUAUGGAAGGCGGAAGUGAGAAGGGCUCGCCGCUUUGUGCUCAACUGCUUGCCUGAAGCAAGAGGAAAGCUUCCUUUGUUCCUGAAGAGCUGUGCUCUAUUUUCCCUCCGACACGUACGACAUGAUGAUACAUCAUAUCACAACUUCGUUCUCAUACAGUAAAAUGUAUGCCUUUGUGACUUUCCUCUCUUAUUUUCUUUAUUCAAUGUGGCCCUCAUACUCCGUCGUAGUUCGUCGAUGAUAAACGCUAAUAUAUCAAGUCGUUUUUCGCGGGUAUGUAAACAUUGGAAGUGUCACUAGCAACUCAAGCUGACGGAUACCAAAUUUGAAAAACAGGAAAAAAGUGGCCUACAGAACCAAAGUGACCAAAGAACAUUUAAAAGUGAUACUACAUUGCUGUAUUGACCCAUAACCUUUCCUUCUUUAGGUGUUUGCUCAGAUUAAUCACAGGUUUCAAAUUAAUUAAUCACGAGUAAUCACCAUUUGUAAGUAUGUCUGUCUGUGUAUUUGACUGUAUUUUAUUAAAGGAAAGAUAAAUGACAAGACGUGAUGAUCUAUUAUGUAUACGUACGUAUGUAUUAACAGCUCCAAAUGAACUGAACAUUUAAAUCAAGCUAGAAGACACACGCCCGUCUGUUUACCUAACACUAGUCUCUGGAGCCGUAGCAGAUACCACAGCUACCAUCGUAACAUAUGCACACUGUACUCUGAUAUGCUAACCUUUUUCUGUUCAGCAUGGCCCUUAACGUCCCUUGUAAUGUUCUGACGUAGGCCAUGUUUAUUUUUAUUUACAAUGGACUGCGGACCAAUGAAAAAAAAACAAAAAACAAAAAAAAGAACAUCGUGCCGCAAAUGUCCCCCGUGCCACACUUUCCACACCCCCGGACAAGCCUUUCCCAUUUUAUAAGACAGAUUAUUGGCUGUCAUAUUUGUAUUCACUCUGAUGUAACAGGGGCUUGCAUAGUAUUGCAGAUGACAUCUGUUUUCAGUGAUAAUCCCUUGGCGCCCCCUGCAGUUAAUACAAGGUGCAGUGACCUUUGGAUUUUGGAUGACAGAAUGCACAAAAGCUCAGCAGUUUUAUGAUCCCUUACUGGACCAAAAAUGAACCGAACCAUGGCCUCAAUACCAAGGCCCCUUGUACCCGCGAUCUUGUCCUUUCGGUCACUACCCAAAGCUCAUGACCAUAGGUGAGGGUAGGAACGUAGAUCGACCGGUAAAGUUUUGCUUUUCGGCUCCGCUCCCUCCUCACCACAACGGACGGACGCAGAGUUUGCAUCACUGCAGUCAGCAAACCAAUUCGCCUGUCGACCUCACGUUCCAUCCUCACGUUCCAUCCUUCCCUCGAGGCCAAGACCCCGAGGUACAUAAACUCCUCCACUUGGGGCAGGAUCUCAUCGCAAAGUCACAUACUGUAUUCAGUGUA